GCGCGCGUGUGGGGCGCAGGCUCGGCGGCAGCGGCGGCGGCGGCUCAGCCUGCGGCGGCGGCGGCCCGUCUGGAGCGGCGGCCGCGGGGCGCCAGCUGCAGCGGGGGAGGCGCAGCCCGGUCUGCACGCUCCGCGGAGCCGGCGGGGCCCGGGAACAGGUGAUCUUCGGGAGCCCGGAGCUCUCCGGAGUUGGCGGGGCGGGAGCCCGCACUCCCGGGCGCAGCUGCAGCCGCCCCGGCGCGGCUGGGCGCGGACGGCUCCCGGCUGCGGACUAGGGCGCGGGCAGCCCCAGCCGCUGCAGGCUCGGAAGUGCCCGCGCCCGCUCCCCGCGCCCGCCCGGCGGCGGAGCAAAGUUGUGGACGUGUCCCGACAGCCGAGCCCGGCGCUGUCGCGACCCGGCCGGGCGGCGCGCUCUGGCAGCGGCGCUGACCCGCCGGCCCCGCCACCGCCUCGCCCCCUGAGCCGGCCCCCCACUUCUGAGGCUGACACUUUGGGCCGAGGGCCUGAGGGCGGCCCGGCGCGGGGCCCAGGCCUGCGGGCGCCCCUCCGCGCCGACAGCCCGGGCGCCGCGGACGGCAUGUGACGGCCCCGGCGGCGGCCGCACGCGGCAAGGCGCGGGCCCCGCGGCUCCGGCCGCUGCGAGGAGCGGCUGCGCGGCGGCCGGGGGAAGGCUGCGGCGCGCGGCCGACCCCUGCGGGCCCGGGUCCCGAGCCGUGCCGCCCAGGCUCGCCCGGGCCCCGCCGAGGCCGCUGCGCCCCCGCCGCAGCGCGGGGGGACCCGCUCCAAACUCCUGAACUUCGGGGACGGUCCCCGGAGCGGCGGAACUCUCAGGGACCCCCGCCCCGGGCGACGCCCCUCGACGACCUGCGCUCACCGGGCCCCCUGCUGACAAGUGCCUGGACUCCGAGGGCCCCGGGGCCCGGCCGGAGCUGACUGUCCCCAGCCCCACGCCAGGCCACGAUGCUCGUGAGGAAGGUGCCCGGCUUCAUCCCGGCCUCCCCGUGGGGGCUGCGGCUGCCGCAGAAGUUCCUCUUCCUUCUCUUCCUCUCGGGCCUCGUCACCCUGUGCUUCGGGGCCCUCUUCCUGCUGCCCAACUCCUCUCGCCUCAAGCGCCUCUUCUUGGCCCCCCGGACCCAGCAGCCCGGCCUGGAGGUAAUGGCCGAUGCCGCCGGCCACCCCCUGGCCCACGAGCAGGAGUCGCCUCCCAACCCGGCCCCCGCGGCGCCAGCCCCCGGCGAGGACGACCCCAGCAGCCAAGCCAAUACCCGCCGCAGGAAAGGGUGGCUGAGGCGCACGCAUCCCACCGGGCUCCGGGAGGAGGCCACGGCGGCCCGGAGCAGCGGCGUCGCGGCCCUCAGACCCCAGGAGGAGAGCAUCCCAUUCAGCUUCGACUUCAGUGCGUUCCGGAGCCGCCUCCGCCACCCGGUCCUGGGGACUAGGGCCGACGAGAGUAAGGAGCCACAGAGCCUUGUUCGAACCCAGCGGGAGAAAAUCAAGGAGAUGAUGCAGUUCGCCUGGCAGAGCUACCGGCGUUAUGCAAUGGGGAAAAAUGAGCUCCGGCCCCUCACGAAAGACGGCUACGAGGGCAACAUGUUUGGAGGCCUCAGCGGGGCGACGGUCAUUGACUCCCUUGAUACCCUCUACCUCAUGGGGCUGAAGGAGGAGUUCCAGGAGGCCAAGGCCUGGGUUGAAGAGAGCUUCCACCUGAACGUGAGCGGAGAAGCAUCCUUGUUUGAGGUGAACAUCCGGUACAUCGGAGGCCUCCUCUCAGCCUUCUACCUGACAGGAGAAGAGGUGUUCCGAAUAAAGGCCAUCAAGCUGGGAGAGAAACUCCUGCCGGCCUUCAACACCCCCACGGGAAUCCCAAAAGGCGUUGUGAACUUCAAAAGCGGCUCCAACAGGAGCUGGGGCUGGGCCAUGGCAGGGAGCAGCAGCAUCCUGGCCGAGUUUGGAUCCCUGCAUCUGGAGUUCUUACACCUCACCGAGCUCUCUGGCAACCAGGUCUUCGCAGAAAAGGUCAGGAACAUCCGAAAGGUCCUCAGGAAGAUCGAUAAGCCGUUCGGCCUCUACCCCAACUUCCUCAGCCCAGUGAGUGGGAACUGGAUGCAGCACCACGUCUCGGUUGGAGGACUCGGGGACAGUUUUUAUGAAUAUUUGAUCAAAUCCUGGCUGAUGUCGGCCAAGACAGAUAUGGAGGCUAAAGAUAUGUACUAUGAAGCCUUGGAGGCAAUAGAGACCCACUUGCUGAAUGUCUCUCCCGGGGGGCUGACCUACAUUGCUGAGUGGCGAGGGGGGAUUCUGGACCACAAGAUGGGGCACCUGGCCUGUUUCUCCGGGGGCAUGAUCGCCCUCGGUGCUGAGGAUGCCAAGGAAGAAAAGAGGGCCCACUACCGAGAGCUCGCAGCCCAGAUCACCAAGACGUGCCACGAAUCGUACACCCGCUCAGAUACCAAACUGGGGCCUGAGGCCUUCUGGUUUAACUCGGGCCGAGAGGCAGUGGCCACGCAGCUGAGCGAGAGCUACUACAUCCUGCGGCCGGAGGUGGUGGAGAGCUACAUGUACCUGUGGCGGCAGACGCACAACCCCGUAUACAGGGAGUGGGGCUGGGAGGUCGUGAUGGCCCUAGAGAAAUACUGUCGAACGGAAGCCGGUUUCUCCGGGAUCCAAGACGUGUACAGUAGCAUCCCAAACCACGACAACAAGCAGCAGACUUUCUUCCUAGCGGAGACACUCAAGUAUCUCUAUCUUCUGUUCUCUGAAGAUGACGUGCUCUCCCUGGAAGACUGGGUGUUCAACACAGAGGCCCACCCGCUCCCCGUGAGCCACCUGGACAGCUCCAGCAGGGCCGGGGGCCGACUCUGACCCCAUCUCCCUGCCGCUGCCAGGCCACUGCUGGGCCGCCUUGCCUGUCCGGGAUUCGGGACUGUUCUCAAAGGGAUUGGGAACGUGGGCCCCAUUCCAGGCAGGUCCCGGGCAGAUGUGUCAGACAAGCAACUUUUCCUCUGUGAGGAGACAGGACUUGGAGACACAGCGAUAUCACAGCAGGCCCAGACAUCUUCUCUACGGAGAAUUUCUACGAAACCCACUCACUUGCCAUUCCAGGGCCAGGCGACCAGAGGUUUGCAUAUCGACCCAUGUAUUUGAUUCAGUUCCUUUCAUUUUUUGGGUUUUUUUGUUUUUGCUUGAUUUUGCCUUUUCUCUACAGUUGUGUUUUAUCACAAAUUAUAAAUAUAGUUUUCAAAAUCAUGUGCUUUCAAAAACGGUGUCAUCCUGGUGAACUAAACCUUAAAGUGUUUGCACACACACACAAAAACCGUGACCUCAUGUUCUAUAUUUUAAAUGCCUUUGCCCGACAUUUACUCUAUGUUCAACUCUGUGUCAUUUAUCUUAUAGUUUGAGGAGGGGUUCCUCUUUGAUUUGGGCCUAAGUGUUACGAAUCACUAGUGCUAUUUUCAGUAUUGUAAUGGAAAAAUCUGUAAACUUACAAUAAAAGAGUUUAUUGGAUAAGAAAUAUGA